GCCAGAGGAAAGCUCAUUAUUCCCGCAGCGACACACGCUCACUACCUGGAGAAAGUAAAGCCACUUUCCCACGUCAGGGGGGUUUCUCCUCCGGGUUCUAUCCACCGGAGCAGCGGCAGCGAGGGGACCAGAGUAGGGGCCACACGUCCCGGAGAAGUGCCCGGGAAUCAACAGGAUCCACUGAGCAAACUAUCCCAAGAGGCUUUGAAUAAAACCAAAAGGAAGCAGGAAAAUGACCUAAUUAGAGACAAGGGUGACUGACAACCUGCUGCACAUGUGUUGGUGGUAAUUUCCCUCAGUUUCCCCCACAAGGCACACACAUGCAUCAGCGCACAUACACGCACGGCAUAUUCGCAGACCCUGCCCUUUCCUUCUUGCCGUCUGCCCCGGUCCUCCAUGGAUUCCUACAACUUCCACUUUGAGAGAAUGAGCAACGUGGACCUGCAUACUCUGAGCCUGCCCGUCAGCCGGCUCUCCCCAGCCAAGUCCAACAUCAGCAUCGUCGAACAGCUAGCCCACCACCAACACGGCAAAGGAGACUCCGCCUACAGCUCCUUCUCUGGUGGGUCCACUGCCCCAGACUACCCUUCACCCUUCCUACCAGAUGACCUGCAGUCCAGCUCCUUCAGCCACUAUGCUGAUCUCAAGUAUGUAAAGUCCAUCUACCACCCCACACAGGCUGUGCAGUCGGAUUCAAAGACCAUGGACCAGCUCUAUCGCUCUGUGGAAGCUAUCUCUCAGCACUAUCGUAACAACACCAACACCAAUGUAAACCACCACAAUGGCAAUGUCAGUUUCCAUAACAACAACAACAAGGUGCUCUCUAAACAGGAGGUGCCUUUGGGGGCUCCUUCCCAAAGUUCUUACCCUCCAGUCCACCCUCCUCCAGUCCCAGCACGCCUGGAUAGUUUCAUAGCCACCAAAAACUUGGAGAACAGCAGGGUCCACCACCACGGUACUGAGUUUCAACCACAGCCUCAACAACAGCCCCGAUCCUACAAUCGACUCCAUGGUCUGAACGCCCGAAGCCCUGAGAAGCCUUACACAGAUACAGGCAACUCGAGCUUCAAUUUGGACCCAGUGUAUUCAGUUUGGAGGGGCUCUGAACGCCAGCAGCCUCAGGCCCAGCAACCAUCAGGUUACCGCACACAGCGACAGUCUCACGAUCAGACCAGGGCUCCAUUGAACCCAGAAUACCCUUCCCUUAUGGAUAACAAUGCUGCGUCUGAGCAGCAGAAAUCGAAAAACAUCCUCAGUGGAUCACCACCCCGAGGCACAAGCCAGUCUGAGCACCUGAAACCCAGACAUUUCUCAACCAGUGGUGGAUGCAAUGGAGAUUAUCACAAGUCCAGUGGAAGCAGUAGCAUUUUGGAGUGUCAGCGCAAAAGGGUGCACUCAGCUAAUGAUUGGCUCGGGUCAGAGCCGACCAGAGCCGCCAGCCCCUGGAACCCUAGUCAGAGUUUCAUCAACAGCAGCAUCCAACACAAGGGUCAGUUCUACUUUGUCACAGGAGUGUGUAAGCUGUCUGACUCUGGGAUGAGGACAAAUUCAUCAUCUGUGUGCGGAUCUGACGCUGGGAGUGAGAGCUCUACUGUGGUGGAGAACCACCGGAUGAGAGAGGACGAAAGAAGCCACAGCACUAUGGAUAAAUUGUUUAGACCGCUCCAAGAGAGUUCUCGCACAUCCAGCGGUACGAUUCCAGAUGAGGGCGAGGUUUUCACUUCUGUGUCCCAGGGCAAAGACCUGUCUUCCAGGAGUCAGGAUCAGGAGAAUCACAGACCAUCUUUCAUCUCAACGCAGUCCUCACGAAGCCUUGAUGCCUUAGAAGAAAACGAAAUUAUCCAGAGUCGAGAUAUCGGACGCCACACUGCCAACAACCCUAUCUUCUACUGUGGACCUGACAGAAACUGCCUGCCACAUUCAUUAACGCAAAUGAAGGAGGGAACCUCAUUAUUAAGCAAUGAACAGCCCAAUCAUAAGAGAGAGGAACAGGCAAAGAGAGGUAAACGGCAGCCUUUGGGGGAUUUAGCCAGCCAGAGGAUAAACAAAGAAACGACCCCGCUUCUCUAUCAACUCACUGAAGCUAACAGGGCAGCGUUACAGCCCAAGAAGGAUGCUGAUAUCAUUAUAAAAGGCAGGGAGGAGAUUCGAAACAAAACUGAUCAUGGAGACAUGUUAGGAAACAGCAAAGAGAGACCUCCACAAGGUGACACAAGCAAGAACGACAGAGGAGACGUUAUCUCUGUUGCCUGUAAUACUCUUGAUGACUCAUUUAAAAAGUACUAUAAAGAGAGGCUGAAGGAUGCCCAGUCUAAAGUCUUGAGGGAGACUUCAUUUAAACGGAGGGACCUGCAGUUGUCAUGGCCAAGCCGCAUGAGGCAAAAACCUGAGCUGAGGCCGACAGUGAUUCACUCUUUCACCCCAUCACAGGACUCUGAGACGUCCACAGACACACUCACUCCGUCGGUGAACUCUGAGGAGACGGAGCGAGGGAGUAUGAUGGAAGAGGUCAGUCAGAAUCAGAAGGAGAUUGACAAGGAGACUGAAGAGGAAAAUGUCAGAUCAGCAAAUGUGGCGCAGCCCCAGGUGGGACGCAUCGGAUACAGGAAGCGACUGACUCCCGAGCAGAAGAAGAUGUGCUUCUCUGAACCAGAGAAACUCCACCAGCUCGGCAGCACCCCCAGCCACUCUACGUGUCGCUCCUUCGGCAACGAGAAUGACAACGUGUUUGCAUCUGAAUGUGAAGAAGAGGAACUUGAGCAGCAAGGAGAGCUGGGGCUGGUUGCAGCCCGUAGGAAGAUGUUUGAGACGAGAGGUCGAGCACUUUCAGCCUCCAGCACCUCAAAGACAAACCUUAAGCAUAUGCAACAAAAGGCCCUAGUGGAGUACAUGGAACGUAAGACGGGCCAGAAAGUGGCUGAGCCACAGCAGCCAGCGCCUCAGUUACCACCUUCCAGACAUAGGCACUCACUUGGAGAGAAACCAUUUGACUGGGGUCCCAGGCCUCUAUCAGGAAAUCAUGAAGUAAAAAAUACAAAGAAGAAGCCCCAUAGACCCCACUCUGCAGGCCGCAUCCUUGAUUCCUCCACCAGCUCUGCAAGGUAUGCACAGUUCUUCUCAGCACAGUCUUGUUCAGGCCAAUACACUGUCCCGUCGAAUCAGCCAAGAUGGAGGGAGAGUCAAGGUCCAUAUCAGGGGAGGUCUGCCUCAGUGGAGAGUCUCUUGGACCAGCCAGAUCCUCUGAGUUUCUGCAGGAACAGAUCGACAUCCACACCACAUGCAUUUCAGGCACACAACUACGAAAAGGAUCCAUUACCAGUUAAUACUAUGGAAACCUGUAGUCCACAGAAAAAUACCACUGAGAAUCCCUCAGUAAAGCCCGUCUCAGAGAGCCAGCCGUCUGCCCGUGUGGUUGCACAGAGGGGGAAGUCUAUGGAAGAGCUUGGGGCUUUAAGAUUAACAAGACCCUCAGCCUUGAGUAAAAGUUCUGAGCAGCUGGAUCAACUGUGGAGACAAUCGACUGGACCCGGAGGCCCAGAAGUAGACAAGAGGAGUUUUUCAUUUAUUGCUGAAGUCAAAGAAGCCCAGCGAUUGGAAAGCGGGAGGAAGAAACAAUAUCUACCAGAGCAGGCAGGAAAAGAACCAGAGAUUAUUGGUCAGAAGAACGCUCAGGGACAGAUACAUAACCAAACCCAGAAAAGGUCCCAGAUGAGUCAGAGCUCAGAACCGGGGGAGAACACAACAUUAGUAACAAGCAACUCGAGUAGAUCCACCUCCCCAGCGUCCUGCUCCUCUUCCAGGGUCAGGGUUCACUCUGGAUCUCCAGGAUCUCUCGGCCCGGUCACAGAUGAGUUCAGGUCCAUCAGACCGCCCAGUGAGACUUCAUCUAAUCCACCAUCUCCCAGAGGUUUAGAGACCAGAGAGGGGGAAAUCAAAUCCACCUCGUCCACCCCUACCCAGACAAAGGUUCCUUGUGAAAAUAAACCUGGCUACAGUCGAGUCAGGACUUCUCCUUCUGUGACUGGAUCAGAGAGAGAGGAGUCAGUGGAUGAACAAAGCAGUGACACCCAAAAACCCAAUUCAAAUCACGAAGUGUCUCUGAGCUGCGGCGUCACCACGGAUCCGUCGCUGUGGAUCCUGCCUCCAGAGGAACAGAUCAAAGAGGAAGUCCAGGAUGUGCUGCUGACAGACAGCGUUUUUGAGGACGAGUCCACCUGCCCGGCUCCUCAAACGCAGACAAGCGAGACCUCUGUGUCUCCCUGCACCUCCGUCUCCGAUGCCGACGUCACUCAGCGGUCGGAAGAGGAGGAAAAUACAGAAACGGAGGAUGAGAAGUCAGGAGAAAACCAGGAGCUGGAGGAGGGGGGAGCGCCGGAGGGAGAGACAAAGAGCCUGGAGGAGCCCAGUAAGAAACCUCGGUGGGAGGAGCUUGUAGUAGCAGUGGUCAACGCAGACCAGUCUCUGGCCACGGUCCUCUACCCACUGUCCAAUCGUAAGACAGCGUUGAUGCUGAUGGAGCAGCUGCUGUCGGAGGACACGCUUCUGAUGGAGGAGCACUACAAAAAGAAACAAGAGCAGAGGGGAGCUGCAGAGAGUGCUGAAGUGGUCCAAGGAGCUGAAUCGUCCAAUUGUCUUUCUGCUACUGACGACCACAAACCUCAGUGUGAAGACCUGCAGAGCAAAAGUGACAUCACUGAGAAGAAGCAUCAAAUAGUGUCUUGUAUUGAGGAGCGUCUGCGUUCGCUGGAGGAGGCCCGCGGCGCCCUCCAGGCAGAGAUCCAGGAGAACACGGCCUGUGGGGAGACGCUGGAGGUACUGGUCCGUGAACGCUGUCUGCCCGUGGAGCUGGAGAGGUACAACCUGUUCAUAGGAGACCUGGAGAGGGUGGUGAGCCUGCUGCUGUGCCUCUCGGCCCGGCUGGCCAGGGUGCAGAACGCCCUGAGCACCGUGGACCAGCACACCGAUGCUGAGGAGAAGCAAUCUCUGGACAGUCGCCACCGUCUGCUGUGCAAGCAGAGGGAGGAUGCCAAAGAUCUGAAGGAUAACCUGGACCGCCGAGAGAACCUGGUCUCCACCUUCCUGUCGCGCCAGCUGUCGGCCGAGCAGCUGCAGGACUACCGGCGGUUUGUCCAGACCAAGGCCUCGCUGCUCAUCCAGCAGAAGGACCUGGAGGAGAAGCAGAGGCUGGGAGAGGAGCAGCUGGAGGGGCUCGCCAACAGCCUCCACCUUUGAGGGAGCUGAAGAUGUCUCCUCUCGUUCUUUACUUGCCUUGAAAUAGGACGUGCAGAAGUUUUGUCUGUGCCACACACACAUGGAUUAUAAACGUUGGAGCUGAUAGCCCGAACCCCUUCGCACCCUGUCAUGUCUUUCUUUUGUCCUUUAAAAGAAGAGAGCAGGGAGAAAUGAUCAUGUAGUCCUUUCCUCUCUCAACCACAGGCUCAACAUGAGAUGAGCAUUAAAUACUUUUGAGACUGAAGCUCGAUGCCUUUCUCUCCCUCUCCCCCCCGGCGGGCGCCCAGGAGGCUCACCCACUUUUCCGCCCGACGUCCCUCUCAGUCUGCACAAUCUGCAUCUGAGGACUCGUCCCCUGUUGUACUCGUUUCCUUUGACUUUAAACAGAACGCCUGUUUUCUGUUUCUCUGUGUGCCUUGCUGUUGCUGUGGAGCGUUUUCCAUUAGAGCUGCUGUGUGGAAACCUUGCGUCCCCUGUUAGCUAUUCAGUAACGGUCCUCCUCAUGUUUUCAUUAGGAUGAUGGUAGUGCUCUAGCCCUGAAUCUGCAACCGUGGAAACCUGUUAUAAGCUUUAAGAUUGUAUAGGGCUUCGGUGAAAGAGAGUGGCCUGAGGGGGGCGAUGUACUGUAUCAUGUCAGUAAAAUGUACAAUAGAUGUAGAAGAUAUCAUCUAAAUGUUCUUAUUUUUAAUGUUUCAAAUUAAGGCACUAAAAACCAAAAAAGGUGAAAUGAAAAAAAAGCACUUUGUAAUGAUACAUAAAUGCACAUUUCUUCAAAUCAGAUUUCUUUUCAAAAGUAAUUUCAAGUGAAAGCCUUACUCCAUCCAGUUAAACAACUUUUUUUAAUUUGUUAUUUUACUUAUUCUGUUUGUUUUGUCAUUCAUUUUAAAUAGGAAUUUACUUUAAGUUUUAUUAAAAAAAAGGUACCUGAGCACACACGGCAACAAAAAGGAAUGAGUUUGUUUCUGGUUAAUUUCUUACUUCACGUUAUUAAGUUUGGAUGAUUUCAUGCUGGAGCUACUUCCUCGUACUGAGGUACUGAACCUCUUCAAAGCCGUUUAUAACUAAGCAACGAUUAUAUCAACGUCUUUGUGUCACGUGAUACCUUUAAUUGCUUUCUUAAGAAGCGGAAAGUCAACAAUCUUCACGUCAGGUGUCAUAAACAGAUUCUUUAUUCGCUACCUCCACAGCGUAGCCCCGAAGAGACACAUCAAACCUUGAUGUUUAUUUAAACACAUUAGUAAUUAAUCUUGACCGCCUGAAAACACAAAUCACUUUCCCCACAAGAAUCUCACAUGUUUGAACAGCAUCUGUACUUCAUCAUUGAUAUUUGUAAGUAGUUGUUGAUGGCUGUAUUUAAUUUCUUUUGUAUUGAUUCCUCGACCAGACACAUGGGGUAGUUGUUUGAGAAUGAUGUGAGUGAGUGUGUGGUUGUGUGUGUGUGUGUGUGUGUGUGUGUGUGUGUGUGUCUGUCUAUAUUUGAAAUCAUGAAUUUUGUCUGGUUGUCGGAACAGAAAAAGACAGAACUUCUCUCUGUGUUUGCUGCGUUAGUUUUCAACAAAACUCCUAUGAAGUCAUAAGAUUAUCAGAAUAUUUAAGUGAUCCAGUGUAUGGGUUGGCAGUUGUGUAUAUUUAUUGACUAACAACAAAAAACGUCAAACAAGUGGACAACUAAAAGGCCAGUUUUCCUCAGAAAGAGGAAAACUCCUCUACCCUUAGAAAUAUUAUCAUGUUUUUAGCUAAACAGUUUCACCCCCCCACCCCUGAAACAUUUCUGUGGAGAUUUACGCCUGUGUCCCUCAGUUUGCUUAACAAAUGUAUGUUUGUUUUGGCCUUUGUGCUGACGCAGGGUCGAGGGUUUAGAAAAGACUCUCGUGUUGUUCCCUGCAGCGAGCUGGAAUUCCUAAAGUAUGCAAAAGACCAACAUUCUGGAGAAGGUGAAGACUGCGAGGAAAAAUACUCCCACAAGGAGCAGCACAUGGAGAAAUACUCAUUUGUUUCAGUUGUUGGUGCAGGUGCAGCAAACAUUUGACAACAGCUCAGGUAGCAGAAAAGGUGACUGUUUUUUUGGAAGUAGGAUUAUACUUUAGUUGGGGGGGGAUUUAAUUUUGAAUGCUGCAGACGUGUGACAUUGAUAUAAACAGAAUCUGUUUAAAACCCAACAAGGAAAGACGUAUUUCAGUGAGUCCCAGCUGGUGGGACGACAGCAGAGACAUUUCUAAAUCCACGUUUGUUCUGCUAAAUUUCACUCCUGUUUUCUGUUGAGAGUGUGAGUUGUGUUUUUGUGCCUGUGUGGAGUUGUAAAUUCCAUGAUGUUUGUUAUAUUGUGAAUAAAUUAAGCUCUCCCUCUGA